AUGCGCGGAUGCCCCAGACAUAAACAUAACUUUGUAGUUUCUUCUAGGAAAAAAAAUGUGGAUGACGACGAUGACGUACUGGGGCUACUUUCAAAGCCGGUAUCCGAGUUUCCGAAGCGUGAGACGAUCAGCCCUGCACCUGAACGCGAGGUUCCUGAGGUUCCUGAGGAGCUUGAAGUGGAAGCUUUACGCCAUACGCCGGAAGAUAGGGCCAUUGCGGAAUUAGUAGACAUGGGAUUCCCCAUACACAAGGCGCGAGAGGCCCUUGCCGAGACCUCGUCUGGUACAGAUGUACAGCAGGCCGUCAGCUGGCUGCUCAACCAGGCUCACAGCGAGGCAAAGGAAAAGGCACAGAGCAGAAACCGUACCGGCCAUUCAGACAGAUCACCGGAUCCUGGAAUGUCUCGACGGCCAAGAAGGGAGGAUGACGGCUAUACUUCUUCCUCUCGAGAUCGAUCUUCGAACAAUGGCACCCCAAAGGAAAAGGAUCCCGCGCAGCUGGCUGCCGAAUUUGGAAACACUCUCUUCAAAUCCGCCAACUCCCUUUGGAAAACGGGUACCAAGCGGAUGCAGCAGGCUGUACAAGAGUUCAACAACGGCCCUUCAGAUUCUUCUUCAUCGCAGCCUCGCUGGAUGAGAGAUAGCACGCCGGACCCUCCGAGAAGCAGGGAGCGGAAGGUGGAUACCCGACGUGAACACCCCCGAGGAUCAGCACAGACAGAAGCCAUGACAAACGAAGCUAUGAUGCUGGAAACAUCCAGAGAACCGCCCGCUGCCUCUUCACGUUCCCGAGGCGGAGAGCCCCAGGAGGCGCCCCACCAGCCUAGCUCGCGAGGCAGACCGGCGGAGCUUCCUUCACGACCACGUUUUCAGCAGGAAGACGAUCUACGGAAACAGAUCCAGCGUCCGUCCCAUCAUCCUCAGCCCGACGCCAGAAAACAGCGAACACCGCUAUCACGUUUCGACGCGGACGAGCAGGCAUCCCAGGCAUACGUCAGCCCGGCCAGGAGGAGGAAAGCUGCCUCUUCGGUUCCUCCUGGUCGUGAGGCACCCGAACCAGACUUACUGCAGAGUCCGUCCCUUCCGAGUCGACCAACUCGUCCAGCUACAACAUCUCCGGCAAGGCAAACUCGCACCCCCACCCCAGUCCGGCCAAAGGCACCCCCAAGAGCAGUUCCACAGAUUUCCCAUGCUUCACUAGCAUCUAUACACAGUCACCGACAGAAAGGAACGGAAGCUUAUAAGCGAGGCGAUUAUGCUGUAGCACACUCUUCAUACUCUAGCUCCAUCUCCCUAAUACCCAACGACCACCCCAUCGUUAUCAUCUUGCUCACCAACCGUGCCUUGACCGGUCUAAAGACGGGCGAACCUAAGGGUGCUAUAAGUGAUGCGGAUCGAGCUCUCUCUAUCAUUGGUCCCUCUAAGGGUGACUCCGAGACCAUCGAUCUCGGCAAUGGGGAGCCACCCAAGGACAUGAGAGAGUUCUUCGGUAAGGCCCUGAUAAGGAAGGCUGAGGCGUUAGAACAGCUUGAAAAAUGGAAAGAUGCAUUAGCUGUCUGGAGAGAAGCUAUCGAAUCCGGUCAUGGCGGUAAUACCAGCAUCCAAGGGCGAAACAGAUGCGAAAAGGCGGUCUCCAUAGGACCCAACGGCGCCUCGUCGACGCCAUCCAAGCCAAUUUCGGCACCUUCUCGACCCAAGCCUACCUCUAGGCCUGCCGCUCCCAAGUCCGUCUCAACUAAGCCUGCCGAAGCAGUUAGUCGUCUACGGGCCGCAAAUGAGGCCGCUGACCGAAUAGAUAACGAAAAGUUUGACCUUGCCGACGCCGUUGAAGCGAAACUUACUGCUUGGAAGGGAGGGAAGCAGGAUAACCUUCGUGCACUCCUAGCAAGUCUAGACUCAGUGUUAUGGCCCGAAGCAGGAUGGAAGAAGAUCAGUAUGGCUGAAUUGAUUCUUCCUAAUAAAGUGAAGAUUCAAUACAUGAAGGGCAUUGCCAAGGUGCAUCCUGACAAGAUUCCUGUAAACGCUACCACUGAACAGAAGAUGAUAUCCGGUGCGGUAUUUAGCACCCUGAACGAGGCAUGGGAUAAGUUUAAACGCGAGAACAACUUAUGA